CGUCUGAAACUCCACUGGCUCCUUCUCUGCAAACUCCUCACUUCAUAGUGCCGCGCAUUAAAAACAUCGGACGCUAGGGGAUCAAGACGCAUGCCACAUUACCUCUAUGUGGGCACUUUAACAGAUCUUUUGGGGUGUUUUCCCAGUAAGGGGGCUGUGGAGGGAGGAUUUUUUUUUUAAUUUCUCUGUUUGAUGACUGUUUGCACGGCUGAUUAUUGAACCGAUUGUUUAUUAUUUCGGUCGUUGUUGUCCGCUGCCUCGUGCGCUUUUUCCACCACCCUUUUUUUUUUUGGAUCAGCGACCUGUCGCUCGCUCACCAAUGUCCUAUCCUCAGGGUUACCUCUACCAGCCCCCGGGCUCACUGGCUCUUUAUUCGUGUCCAGCUUAUGGGGCCUCUGCUCUGGCUGCUCCGCGCAAUGAGGACUUGGCGCGGUCUUCCUCUGGCUCAGCCUUCAGUCCUUACCCUGGAUCGGCUGCUUUCUCCGCCUCGGCUGGCGCAGGCUUUUCGAGUCCGCUGUCGUACUCCACCGAUCCAACGACGGGAUUCCCAUCAUACAUGUCUUCUCCAUAUGACGCGCACACUGCUGGGAUGGCCGGGGCUUUAAGUUAUCAUCCAUAUGGGAGUCCGGGGUACCCCUAUCAGCUCAACGACCCUGCUUACCGCAAAAACGCCACAAGGGACGCCACGGCCACUUUGAAGGCCUGGCUGCAGGAGCACAGGAAGAACCCCUACCCCACGAAGGGGGAGAAGAUCAUGCUGGCCAUUAUCACGAAGAUGACCUUGACGCAGGUCUCCACCUGGUUCGCCAACGCCAGGAGGAGACUCAAGAAGGAGAACAAGAUGACGUGGGCGCCCCGGAAUAAGAGCGAGGAUGAGGACGAGGAGGACGGGGACGGAGAGAGGAAGGACGCGGAGCGCUCUGACAAGACCCUGGAUAACAGCGAGGCGUCGGCGGAGGACGAAGGCAUCAGUUUGCACGUGGACACGCUCACGGACCACUCGUGCUCGGCUGAGUCCGACGGGGAGAAGGUCAGCUGCGUGCGUAAACUCAGCUCAGACCAGGUGGCCGACAAAUGCGACGAUGACGGCGAGGAGCAGAGCCACCGGCCUCCGCUUUCCCCCAAGCCCGUCACGUCGUCGCCUCUGACGGGCGUGGAAGCCCCCGUUCUCAGCCAUCUCCACUAUCACCACCACCACCACCUCCGGCAUCUCCAGCACCUCCACAGCCAGCGCGAGGAUUUGGCCCGGAGCCUCGUCAGUGGCAGCAGCAACAAACUGGCUCCGUGUCUUGACAGCAGGCCCUCUUCCGGGGCGCCUCAGAACGCUGCAACCAAACCCAAAUUGUGGUCUUUGGUGGAAAUUGCUACGUCGGACCAAAAGGAGCAACAUCAGCAACCGGGGCAGUCUGGGCAACCAAAUUGCCCCUCCUCCAGCGGAGGACUGAGUCCCCCAACGCCUUCCACCACCUCCCCUGCUGCCACCUCCCCCUCCCUUUACUCUGCCCCCUCCAUCCUUGGAAGACCUAUUUAUUACACGUCUCCCUUUUAUAGCAAUUACACAAACUAUGGCAACUUCAGCCCCCUGCAGGGUCAAGGCAUCCUGCGCUACACAAAUUCAUCCGGAGUGAGCCUCGCUGCCGCCGCCGCAGCCGCCGCUGCUGCCGCCGCAAACGAGAGUCUGAGCUCCUCGCAGCAGGCUGCAGAGGCCAGCACAAACCCAAAGCACAGGCCAGACUCCCCCCUUGUCAAAAAUAACUCAAACCAGAUUGGUGUUGUCGAGCAGCAGCAUUUUAGACCCACUAAUUUAGAAGCUAAGAAAGGUACGUAAUUACGCAACGCACGUAAGAAAAAAAGGACAAAUACACCUGAAACCAAAAGUAUAAGUUAUAAAACAUGUUAUUUAAUAGUGUUUAUUCUUGCUGCGUCUUUACUUAAGUGGCGAGGGGGGGAAAUUACGUUACUUUAAUGCAAAUCCACUGGUUUCGUUUGGAUCUCUGGUUUUUUCCCCCUAGCAAUCUUCAUUUAAAAGACAUACUUUUUCUUAAGUGAAUGAUGUUUUUUUUUUCUUUUUUUUCUUUCGAAAGAAUUACAACUCUCAGCCUCUUCCUGACAAAUGCAAACACAAAUUUUCAAGUGCAGUAAUGUAUUCUUUCAUAAGAAAUAUGUCUGUGGAGUUGCGGGAUAUAUAAGAAAAAAAAAGGUUGCACGUACAUUUCAUGUAUAGAAAACUAUGAAGGCAAGAACUGGAGCUUACUAACGCACGCGCAAGGUGACAGCUUGAGAAUCCAGAGAAAUGUUGCCAUAGCUUUGAGCAGGAUUCCGGUCUUUCAUGUCCCCCUUUUGUGUUAAGUGCGUGCGUAAGCGAGCGCGCACAGUGGGCACCAGACCUUAUCUUCCAGCUUAGGAUAAUUAUAAUUACACGGGGUCAGCCAAAAGCAAACAAAUUAGUUUGCUGUGCGCAAUCUUGCAACUCCACAUCUUGAAAUGUCACUUCUAGGUGGCGCAUUAAAAUCUUUCCCUGCGCGCUAGAUGGCCUGGAGACGUUUUCAGCUGCAGUUAAGCAGCAGGGAUUUUAAUGAGCACUUGCAGUUUAGUUAGUUGGAGCCGGUCUGACAACCUUCUGUGGUUUGCGGGGUUGGGGAUGGAAUUCAUCAUGGUGCGUAUGGAUUUUUUUCCCCCGCUCUGCAGGUAGGUGUCACAAUUGCUUUGACUACAAAACGAGGAAGGACUCAACCUUUUAGCCUCACGUUUUAACCCUUAUAACCUUUACUCCAAACCGCAUCCAGUGCCACCAUAUUGCCGGGAAUAAAGCUGCUACACCACCUCCUCAACACACCGAGUUAGUCUAACUUGUGUGUCUUCUCUCCGCUGUUUCCCCUAAUUUAUGAUGAUUUUAUGAGCUGAUUUUUAGGACUCCCAUGAUAUGUGAUGUACAUGUUAUUUCUCAGGUUGUUUGCUUAUUUGCCACGGUGUAAUCUUUUGCAAAACAUCUUGGUGUGGAAAACAUCUGGCCUCUUUAAAAAAAAAAAAAAAGACUUUUUUUCUGGGACGCGCAUGGAGCAAGCUGAAGUGGAGUGAACUUGAGGACUUCGAAGUGGAAUAGCCUACAUUUGAUAUUUAUUUUUUUAAACGACGGCUGAAGGAUGCCUAUGAUUUAUGCAAGUUGUAUUGCAAAAAAAGGAAGAAAAAAAGUAAAACUGACAUUUUCUGUUUGUUUUGUAAAUAUCUGACAUAUAUAUUACAGACAGUUUUUAUUUGCAUUUGAAAAAAAAGUUACACAAUCUUGUUAUCAGGAGUACUUUUAGUAAUUUAUAUCUUUGAAUGUACAUAAAAGGAAACACACUGGUAUUGAUAUACUGGUGGAGUAUUAUAUCCAUUAUUCAAAUGAGAAAAUAUUAAACUGUUUUACCUACUAUGACAU